AUGGGGGUGAUGCUCGUCUGGUUAUGUGGAGUUCUCGUAGCAUAUUGGAUAUCUCCUGUCACUCCUGUAACUGAAGCAAGUACGGCAACGCCAGUAUCAACAACUGACACUUUAACAACACCGACAUGCGCAGAAGAGACCGUGGGCAGUUAUGAGUGGCCAGCUACAGAGAUAGGUGCAAACGCCACACUAUUGUGCCCAGGAAGCACUGAAGGCGAUGUGUACCGUUACUGUGAUAAUGAUACCACGUGGUCUAUACAGGACUUUACGCGAUGUAAAUCAACUGUCUUAGCGAAUUUGGAGCUUGAGGCACUUGACUUGGACGAUUCGGCAUCGAGUGCUCUUCUUCUUGCAGUCGAUUUGCAGAAUGCAUCCAAACCGUCAAAACUGAUAGUAUCUGGUGAUCUCGUGGCAGCUACCUCCAUUUUAUACACCUUGAUAGAACAUAGUUUACUUAGUUCGUGCAAUACUACUUCGUCAAUUGUUAAAAACUUUACGGAGGCAAUCUUAAUGGUUACGAGUCAACUAUUAGACGAGGAUUAUUCAAGUCUCUGGAACGAAGUACACCAGGUAUCUGAUGCAAACGCAGUUUUAAAUUUAUUACAGAAACUGACAACAUUUUAUGACGAAACUAUUUCGUGUAUGUCGAAUAUUGAUAUACACGAAGUACAAUUGUCCACAGUAAAUAUGGACGCAUCAUUGAUAACAGUUCCAGCUAAUGCCAGCGGAAAAUACGUUUACCCCACGGUCACAACUACCAACAACGACCAGGUGACUGUACCAAUAGAUUUACUAACUGAACUAGAUUCCAAUAAUAAAUCUGGGUUGGCCGUCGUUAUUUAUCGUACCGUGACGUCAUUAUUACCAAGCACUGAUUUGAACUCUAGACUGGCCAGUUCUGAAGGUCAACUGAAUAGUGACAUAUUAUCAGUGGUCAUGUACCCGAGUCAAGUACAGCCAUUAGAACAACCUAUUCUGCUACAAUAUUCACAUCUACAGUCAGCAACCAAUCCGGUUUGUGCCUUGAUGAACUAUGCCCUCACAACAAGCAUUUGGAGUACAGAUGAGUGCGAGACGGUGUCCACUGCCAGUGACGUCACAUCAUGCAAUUGCUUUCAUGCAACACACUUUGCCUUGUUAAUGACUAUAGAGGAUGGCUCUACAGUAAAAGUGCCUCUCAAUUCCAUACUAGUUGCUGGGGUUGUCGUCGCUAUGUUCUUUCUACUUGCAACGUUUGUAAUGUUACUCUUCGUAAAUAGGAGUUUUGAGUUUGAUUGGGCCUUAGUUGUCAAAUGUUUUUUAUUCACAAUGAUGGUCAGCGAUAUAACAUUCCUAUCGGGAAUAAAUGCAACAGUCGAUAUGAUGAUAUGUCGGAUGGUCGGCGUUAUAUUACAUUAUUUGUAUCUAUCGGUUUUCUUUUGGAUGUUGGCUCAGGCGGUACUACUGGAGUUGAAGAUCGUUCACAUUUCGUCGGCAUCUGCAUCUGUUUUCCACUACUGCCUACUCGGCUGGGUUACACCCUUACUGGUAGUAGCAGGGGCUGCCGGACUGAAACACAAAAAUUAUGGGAACAGUUAUUAUUGCUGGUUGAGUAUAAAUGAUCCAGCUGUCUACGGAUUUAUUGGGCCAACAGUUUUUGUAAUUAUUGUAAAUGUAGUAGUUUUGUGCUUUGUAAUACAUGGAUUUUUAACAAUAAAGAAGAAUCGCCAUAAAGGGAUGGUGGAUAUGAAUAAGUUGAAGCCAGCAAUCCGAGCCACUAUUAUUACUCUGCCUUGUUUAAUGAUUACAUGGUUCUUAAAGUCUUUUGCAAUUGAAAAGAAUACUGAACCUACAUACACAGUCUAUGCUAUUUGUAAUAUACUGCAGGGAAUACUUAUAUUUAUUUUAUAUGGGGUGCUUGAUGUGCAGGUGCAAAUAUUUUACAGAAACAAAUUUGGACACAACCACAAGGCUGUGCAAGACUCGUCACCGAAAGCCUGGUCAGAUAAGACAAGUGAAAAUAAUAAAACGAGUCCAAAUAAUUUCAGGGCGAGUUCGUUAACCAGCUUCAGUAGCCGGGCGAGUGAGAGUGUCGCCACUAUUAGAAAUGAUUCUACGGCAUCGAUAUCUUCAGCUGCAACCAGGCGAUUUAAGAAGACACUGGUGUUACCGAUGAGAAAGACGACCUCUUCGCCUGGACCUUCAAAUUCCUUGGGACAAACAUCUAAAUCUCUCUCGUGAUGAGUUUGUUUAAAGACUUCAAGGGGAAAAAUCUCGUGGUCGCAACCAUACUAUUUACUGAGUUGGAAAAUCAGUUCGUGGAGUAUAUGAGCACGUGGAAUGAAGAUUGAAAGUCUGAUAUUAACAAUUUAUCCAGUUGUUGUAAUGGAUUGGCAGGGAUUGUCAUUGGAUAAAC